AUAUUUGAUUUAAUGGAUGCAAAAGCUCGUGCCGAUUGUAUCAAGGAAAUAGAUCUUCUUAAGCAAUUGAACCACCCAAAUGUGAUCAAAUAUUAUGCAUCAUUUAUUGAAGACAAUGAACUAAACAUAGUUCUGGAAUUAGCAGAUGCUGGAGACCUUUCUAGGAUGAUCAAGCAUUUUAAGAAGCAGAAGAGGCUGAUCCCGGAAAGGACAGUUUGGAAGUACUUUGUUCAGCUGUGCAGUGCCUUGGAACAUAUGCAUUCCCGGCGUGUCAUGCAUCGAGACAUCAAGCCAGCAAAUGUAUUCAUUACUGCUACAGGAGUAGUAAAACUUGGAGAUCUUGGAUUGGGAAGAUUUUUCAGCUCUAAAACCACAGCUGCACAUUCUCUAGUGGGAACACCUUAUUAUAUGUCUCCAGAGAGAAUACAUGAAAAUGGGUAUAACUUCAAAUCAGAUAUCUGGUCUCUAGGAUGUCUGUUAUAUGAGAUGGCUGCAUUGCAAAGCCCCUUCUAUGGUGACAAAAUGAACUUGUAUUCCUUAUGUAAAAAGAUAGAACAGUGUGACUAUCCACCCCUUCCGUCAGAUCACUACUCAGAAGAACUCCGACAAUUAGUUAAUAUCUGCAUCAACCCAGAUCCAGAGAAACGACCAGAUAUAACCUAUGUUUAUGAUGUAGCAAAACGCAUGCACGCCCGCACAGCUACCAGCUAAAAGACUUGCCCCAUAGGAAGAGCAAAAACAAGUUGGGAAAGUUCAAGCACUGAUGGGCUUUCUCCCCAUUUUUCUUACUUUUGUCUAUUGCUUUAAAUUUACUUAUGUGCCAAGAAUGUGUUCACACUUUUCUUACAGAACUUAAAAGUAAAAGAUAUUUUUAAGAUUUAAAGUAUGAAAUGGUUUUAAACGUAAGUAAAUUAUGCUUACAACUUAGGGUAAGCAUAUUUCAUUUAUAUAUUAUGUAAUUAUUGAAUAAAGGUCAAACAUUUUUAUAUAGUUUAAUUUUUUGUCCAACAUACCUGAGUUACAGGUUUGCAUAUAAACAUAACUGUUUAAUUCCUACAAGCAAAACUUUAAAAUCUGUUCCUUGACUUUUGUAAUAACUUAUGGAUAUGGAUAUGGAUAUGGAUAUGAUGAAUCAGCAUAAUUACUGAAUUUAUUAUUCAUUAGUAAAUAUAUUGUUGGUUUUCUUUAUAUCCCUCACCCAGGCUAUUAAUAGAAUUUUUUAAAAAUAAUUGUUAUAGUUUUGCUUGUCAAGAAAAUGUAUAUUUAUUUGCCACUGAGUUUUAAUGCAGUUUUUGAAUGUGAAAAGUGGGUUUUUCUUUUUCUGUUUUUUGGCAGAUUGUUCAACACUGGGGGGAAUAAAGGAGAAGAAAUCCUGUCAAACUCUUUGUUAUCUAGUCCUGUGCAGUAUUGUAACCCCAAUCCCUAACCUUGAUUUCAACAAUUGAGAGAAUUUGCACAAUGUCUAGGAGUCAGAAUCAAUCACAAGGUUGGAAGGGACCUUGAGCAUCACUUGGUCCAGUUCCCUGGUUGCCUCUGCUCUGUCCCAGACAGAUGGCUUAAAUGCCUUUCAGAAAGGAGCACUUAACGACUUCCCAAGUCAGCGUGUUCUGCUGCCCUAAGGCUCUUGUUGCUAGGUGGGAUCACUCUCCAAAUCUGUAGCUACUAAGCUACUUAUACAGUUAUAAAUUAGUUUUUCAUGUUUAGAUUGCUAAAUACAUAAAAUUAGUGCACUAACAGAGUGCUUAACUUUGGACUGAAUAGUUGUGUAUGUUAAUUGUGUUGGCAUAGAUGACUCCAAGAAUCUAAGAGAUUGGGUUUAAAAGAAAUUUGCUUUGAAAAACAGUACUUUCUACAACUCAAACACAUUGGAUGAACCAAGGCCACUCUCCAAGUUGUGAAAUGUAGUUUCUUCAUAACAACACCCAGCCAUUGUUAAAGUGAUACAAAACCUGCCCUCAUUCCUACUAUUUUGGCACUCUGUUGUUUUGAUGACUAUAGAAGAUGUUACAAGUCACAGAAGUUGUUACAGGUGGGUAAAUGACCCCAAGAUAUUUAAAAUAUAAGGGAGACUUAAAUGGCUGUCAUUUGGAGGAUCCUUCAAAUGGCCUGCAUAUAAUAAUGUCUCCAUAUGUUGUGACUUCUAAUGCUGAAUGGAGGCCAUUGUGUGUGUGUGUUUAUGUCAUUGGAACCUAAUGAUAGGGGUAUAUUAUGGCUGAGUAGGGUUAAGACUCAUGGCAAUAGAUAAUCCACUCCUAGGCAGGAUUUGAUAUGAUUUAUUUAUUACAGUGAAGGCAUCUGCUCUGAAAAUCCUUUAUUAAUUUAAAAGACAGUAAUGUUUUGCAUCUCACUUUAUUAGGAAACAUUAUUUUCUGGAAAUAGUUGGCUUGAACUUUAAAAAAACAGUUUUGAAUUGGUGAAGUUUGUGUUAGCCUUUAGAAUGUCCUAAAAUGAAAUUGAUCAAUAAAACAAUAAAUGGCAUGUCAUUAUGAAAGGGAAGAAUAUUAAUUUAUAACUGCGAGUGCUUGUGCAGAUAAAGGUCUGAUUGUUUAACAUUUUGAAGAUCAUAAAGGAGCCUUCCCUAACAUAGUAUCCCCCAGAUGUUGUGCUAUAAUUCUCAUAAACUACAGCUAGCAUGCUGCAGACAUUUUGAAAUUAGAGAAACAUACGGAGUUGAUGUGUAUAAUAUUAUAAGAAAGUGGUAAUGAAGAAAAAGGAAGCCUUGCGAUAUUUCUUUGUGAAUAUUAAUCUCAACAGAUUAGUACCAAUUCAACUUUUAUUUCAGUCACAUUCAUAACCAUAAAAUGAUGUGUAGUUUCAUGACUACAGCCAGCCCUGAUCUGUCUAUCUUGCAAGGAUCUAAAUAAAACAUAAGAUACAUACCCAGUGGUCUCUCAAAGGCUUAGCAGCAUUGUCCAUCCCUCUGCUCCUGCUGUUCUACCCUAGAUGGAAAACUGAUUUUUGUAUCAAGAUUUUUUAUACAUGAUUGGUGAGAAUAACUAGGCAUCGUGGUCACUAAUUGGACAGAUACGAAACAGAUGUGUUUUGUUGCAUCAGCUUAUGUUAAUGUGACUUAAGUUCUAUGUCCAGUAAUUUUUGGAGUAUAAUUAAAACUUUACUACAGUAUCUAGUCAUAUAAGCCAUGAGGGAGCAGCUUGAAAUUAUAUCUUCUCCCUUAGCGCAUGUCUGACUUCACAGGAAAAUUCAAAGGAAAAUGAAAAAUGUUAAUGUCUGUAAGAUUCUUUACAUAUUUUUUUUUGGCUAGGGAUGAGGCUAACAAUAUUUUCUAAAAAACUAAAUAAAAUAAUAUCCCAAUCCCUUGUUCCCACCUCCACAUUCACAUUUUACUAUGCAAAAAUACUUCAGAAUUCUUUAAGUCUAUAUUUUCUCUCUCCCCAUUGAAGGGAAGAAGCUGUAGCAUUUAACAAAGUAGCAUAAUUUUCAUGUGGCCUUCUGGCAUGCUUAUUUGAAAAGAAAUUUACUGAAUUUACUCCCAAUACAUGGCAUUCAUUGUAGUGUGUGUGUGUGUGUGUGUGUGUGACUACCUUACACAAAAUGCUUUGGGAAAGUUGUUUCUAAAAAUAAAUGUUGGGAAUAAUUAUGAAGUUAAUUCCAAUGUAAACCAAAGACAUAUUUGUAAGAAUCUGCCUGAUAUUUUUAAUAAAGAUAUGUUGAAUGAGUAUUGAAAUUAAUUGUCUAAGUACAAAAAAAGUUACAGGUUUCAUAGAUCUGCUGUUAGCAUCAGAAGUAGUGGAUAAGUUUAAGCCUUAUUAAGAAGAGCAAGCUUGCCCCUGAUCCCACUACAGUACUGGCAAAACUAUUUGGUAUACCACAAAGAUCAAGAUAAUCCUUUCUCCUUCUUAGUACCCUCCUUUUCUCAGGAAUCAAGUCACCGUGCAGGGAUACAGAAAUCCCAUUCAUGCAUUCCAAUAAAUAGCGAAGGUCAUAUUCAUAGGGCACUAGCUCUAUCCAGAACACUCUGGUAUAAUGAGAAGAGCUAUUUCCAAAUGUGUUGGAUACAACUCCCAUUAUCCCAGUGGCGAUAUUGGUUGAGGAAUCUGGGGAGGGGAAGCUUCCUAGGCUAGGGAAGCCUCAAUAGAUGAAUUACAUAUUCAAGACUGUCAAUGUAGGAGCUUCCAGUACCAUCAUUGGAUCAUGUUCAAUGCCUUGCUAAGAGAAGGGCCCAUCAAACAGUGCUAGAGCAGUGUAGGAGCCAUUAAACUUUAUCUCCUUGAACUAUUAAUGAUGCUUUGGAAUAUAAAAUAGAUUUCUUAAUAAUAUCUUGAUGGGGGGGAGAUAUGCAUUUGUGUGUGGAAUGGCAAUCAUCUGUUUGAUCUCACCCAAGUAAUGGAGAGUGGUAACUUGAAUAAGAACCAAAAAAAAGCCACGUUCCUGAUAGCAUAAGGUAGGAGGGUGGCAGCUGUGGCAUUUCUGCUCCUGGGCCUUCAUUCUCACUCAGUUCUGAUCAAACACCAACAGGACUCCAUACCAAGAACCUAGAGAACAACUUACUCAACUUCUCCAUCAUUGGGUUACUGCAUCUGGGCUGCAAAUAUCUGGACAAUUACCAGAUGGCAGCCAUGAGCAUUUUUCUGUAUUGUUCUGCUGCUGUCUAGUAGUCUGGAUUUUUACGGUGGAAAUAGGGUAGUCCAACUCUGUCCAGGCUAAGCUCUUUUACAUACUUAGCAAUUGCUAGGUAACAAAUGCCUUAAUGUUUCUUCUGCACUAUAAGAAAAUACAUAUAUUUUUAGAUUCCAUGUAUGGAUAGAUACUGUUAAUACAUUUGCUGUAUUUAUUUUAGCCAAACUGCAUAAAAUUGCUUCUUUGAAAUGAAUGUAUUCUAUACUAAACAAAAUCAAAACAAAAUAUGCAUAAUUUGUCUCAGUUUUAUAUCCAGAGUAUUGUAAUAUUUGUGGCUUUAUGAAUAUUUGUGUGUUGUGUUUGCUUUCUAAAUCUACUCUUGCACAAGAAUUGUACUCAAUGUUUGGAGUUCUAUGUUGUACAAUAUCUUAAUAUAAAGAAUACAUAGAUUAAAUAUAUGGUAAAAUAAACUCA